GGCGGGCGCGGGGACGCGAGGGCGAGGCGGCCACGCGGGGCCGGGAAUGCCCGCGGUGCGGGGCCCCAGAGCCGCCCGGUGGUCGUGUCCGGGCGAUGGCUCUCCGCCUGGUCGCCGACUUCGACCUCGGGAAGGACGUGCUCCCGUGGUUGCGGGCGCAGCGGGCAGUGUCGGAGGCCAGCGGGGCCGGAAGCGGCGGCGCAGAUGUUUUAGAAAACGAUUAUGAGAGCUUACGUGUGUUAAAUGUUGAAAGAAAUGGAAAUAUUAUUUAUACCUAUAAGGAUGAUAAGGGAAAUGUCGUCUUUGGAUUAUAUGAUUGUCAAACCAGACAAAAUGAGCUUCUGUAUACCUUUGAGAAAGACUUGCAAGUUUUCAGUUGCUCUGUCAACAGUGAAAGAACUUUGCUUGCUGCAAGUUUAGUUCAGUCUACUAAAGAAGGAAAAAGGAACGAACUUCAACCAGGAUCAAAGUGCUUGACUUUGUUGGUUGAAAUCCACCCUGUUAACAAUGUGAAGGUUCUAAAGGCUGUGGAUAGCUAUAUUUGGGUUCAGUUUCUCUACCCACAUGUUGAAAGUCAUCCUCUUCCAGAGAACCGUCUGUUACUGAUUUCAGAAGAGAAAUAUAUUGAACAAUUUCGUAUCCAUGUCGCCCAAGAAGAUGGAAAUAGAGUGGUGAUUAAAAAUUCUGGCCAUCUCCCAAGAGAUAGAAUAGCUGAGGAUUUCGUUUGGGCUCAGUGGGAUAUGUCAGAACAGAGAUUAUACUACUUUGACCUGAAGAAAUCAAGGAGUAUCUUAAAAUGUAUCCAGUUUUAUGCUGAUGAGAGGUAUAACUUAAUGUUUGAAGUACCCUUGGACAUAUCAUUAAGCAACUCAGGAUUUAAACUUGUCAACUUUGGAUGUGAUUAUCAUCAAGACCGAGAUAAAUUUUCCAAACACCUGACUCUGUGUGUUUUUACCAACCAUACAGGAAGUUUGUGUGUAUGUUACAGCCCGAAGUGUGCCUCUUGGGAACAAAUCACAUAUUCUGUGUUUUACAUUCAUAAAGGACACAGCAAGACCUUCACCACUUCUCUUGAGAAUGUUGGCUCACACGUGACAAAGGGCAUUACUUUUCUCAACCUUGACUAUUAUGUGGCUGUUUACUUACCUGGUCAUUUCUUCCACCUACUUAAUGUUCAACAUCCAGACCUGAUCUGCCACAAUCUCUUUCUGACAGGAAAUAAUGAAAUGAUUGAUAUGCUACCUCAUUGCCCUUUACAGUCAUUGUCAGGGUCCCUGGUAUUGGAUUGUUGUUCUGGAAAGCUCUAUAGAGCACUGCUCAGCCAGUCGUCUUUAUUACAGCUUUUGCAGAACACUCGCUUAGACUGUGAGAAGAUGGCCGCGUUGCACUGUGCGCUCUACUGCGGUCAAGGCACGCAGUUCCUGGAAGGCCAGAUUAUUCAAUGGAUUUCUGAGAAUGUCUCUGCCUGCCAUUCAUUUGACCUCAUUCAGGAAUUUAUAAUUGCUUCUUCAUACUGGAGUGUAUAUUCAGAGACAAGUAACAUGGACAAACUAUUGCCAUAUUCCUCAGUGCUCAUUUGGAAUACAGAAAUUCCUGGAAUAACUCUUGUGACAGAAGACAUUGCAUUGCCUCUUAUGAAGGUGCUCAGCUUUAAGGGCUACUGGGAAAAACUGAACUCCAACCUAGAAUAUGUUAAGUACGCCAAGCCACACUUCCACUAUAACAACAGUGUGGUCAGGAGAGAGUGGCACAACCUGAUCUCUGAAGAGAAAACAGGAAAAAGAAGGUCCACGGCGUAUGUGAGGAAUAUUCUUGAUAAUGCAGUAAAGGUGAUUUCUAACCUAGAAGCAAGAAAUUUGGGGCCAAGAUUAACACCCCUCCUGCAGGAGGAAGACAGCCACCAGCGGCUGCUCAUGGGGCUGAUGGUGUCUGAGCUAAAAGACCAUUUUUUGAGACACCUACAGGGUGUAGAAAAGAAGAAAAUUGAACAGAUGGUUCUGGACUACAUUUCAAAACUGCUGGAUCUCAUUUGCCACAUCAUAGAAACCAUUUGGAGGAAACAUAAUCUUCAUUCCUGGGUUCUCCACUUCAAUAGUCGUGGCAGUGCUGCUGAAUUUGCAGUUUUUCACAUCAUGACCAGGAUUCUGGAAGCUACAAACAGUUUGUUUUUACCUCUGCCUCCUGGUUUUCAUACUCUGCACACCAUCCUUGGGGUCCAGUGUCUCCCUUUGCAUAACCUGCUGCAUUGCAUUGACAGUGGAGUGUUGCUUCUCACUGAAACAGCUGUCAUAAGGCUCAUGAAAGAUCUGGACAAUACAGAGAAAAAUGAAAAACUGAAAUUCAGUAUCAUUGUGCGGCUUCCUCCGCUUAUUGGUCAGAAGAUUUGUAGACUUUGGGAUCAUCCUAUGAGUUCUAACAUCAUUUCACGGAACCACGUGACGCGACUGCUUCAGAACUAUAAGAAACAGCCUCGGAAUUCUAUGAUUGACAAGUCAUCGUUCAGUGUAGAAUUUCUGCCUCUGAACUACUUCAUUGAAAUUCUGACAGAUAUAGAGUCCUCCAAUCAAGCCCUGUAUCCUUUUGAAGGACGUGACAAUGUGGAUGCAGAAUUUGUAGAGGAAGCAGCUCUGAAACACACCACGAUGCUUUUAGGCUUAUGAAAAAGAAAAUGCAAUUGGAUCUGCUGCUGCCAUUUUAAUCUUGCUCAUUAACCUUACUCCUUUGAGAAUUCUUUAACAAUAUUUGAAAUUGGGAACAAAAAUAAAUUGUUUAGCCAUCUGAGUUUCAGGUUGGUACACGUUCGGACAGAACUGCUGUAUCACAUUCCAAUUGUGAGCAAUCAAGUGUAGAGAAAUGAUAAAUAGCCUAAGGCGGCAUACAGUGGCAUAAACAAUGCUCUUCCUAGUAGCUUAAUAGGCCAUAAGCUAGUUUCUGUUGCACUCUGAAAUAAAAUAUGCUUUAAAAAUGUAGGGAACAGUGCUUAGAAAAGCAAAAACUAGGUGUGUCAUUGAAAUAAUAGGCAGAAAAAUUAAAUGUUACAUAAGAACACUAUUUGGAAAGAGGCUCCUUUUAAAAACUGAAUUUGUACUAAAUCAGAUUUGCCAUGUCCAGUACAGAAUAAUUUGUACUUUUAGUAUUUGCAGCAGGGUUUGUCUUUGUGAAUUCAGAUGAAACGUAUUUAAUUUUUUUUAUUUAUAAAAGGUUGAUUGAUUUAGGAAUAUUUUGUCAUUAAAAAGCCAAACCUGAAAACAAA